UCUACUGGAUUGAAGAAUUUUCUGAUUACACGCGUUAGCGUUUAUCAUAAAUAGAAAGUGGUAAAGCUGACUUUCAAAUCUGAAGUAACGUUUUGGCCGACGAAUUUGGUAAAUUACCAGUUGAUUUUUUCCACUCUUUUUGUAUCCCUGGUUCGUGUUGCUUUUUAGUCGAAAUGCUCGCCUUUGAAUUGUACUCGGUUUUCAUUUUGUAGCUCCUGCAGCCAAUAAAUUACUCGGUCGCGCUUCGCGAUACCAUUUUUCAAAAUCAAACGAUGAAUUUCGCCGCCUUGAAUUUAUCACGUGCCUACAAUAAUAUCAAGUCGCUUCCUUUUUCAAAGGUACACCCUCACACACUUGUACAAGUAUUAUUCUUACUCAGCACAUUACAACGAUAUUUCAUAUUUCACCAUAACUUCGACAUAUUUUCUUACGAAGUGCUCGCGUUCGCCAUCAGAAUACAUGGUCCGAUACUCCGAUAGUAAGCAAUGAUCCUUGGUUUUAAAGACAAUCGCUGCUCACCUUAUUGCUACGUAGUUUCAUCGAUUCAGCGAAAAUAAUCUCCAUCUUCGCCAAACCUGCGAGUCAUCGUCGUCGACAUCGCGAUCGUAUUUUACCCGGAGCGAUUUCGGCGACAUCGACAGCCCAUCGAAUGGCACAAAUCAGCGAUUUGCCGGAAGAAACACUGUUGCAUAUAUUUCGAUUCUUGCUCACCAGCGACUUGUAUAAUACGGUGAAACUCGUAUGUCAGAAAUGGAAUCGUAUUUGCGACGACAGCGUGCUCUACAGUCGAGUUAUCAUCGAUGGCAAAAUAGAACGAUUUUCCGCCGUCGAAAUUCUCAAAAAAUACCCGGAUCAGUUACGCCAUAUCAUUUUCGAAGAACGAUCCGAUCUUAAUUUAUUGCUCGGAUACGUCACUCGAUGCGUUAAUCUGCAGUCUCUGAAGCUCAUCUCGUGUUAUGGUCAGGUGCGAAACAUCAUCAACUUGAACAACGAAGUGAACGUCAAAUUGAUAUGGAAAGUGUUACUCAAAUGCCCUUCGUUAUCGUCGCUAGAAAUACGACAAACUGCCUUUAAAAACGGUUUGCGGAACUUCUGUCCGGCUAAUGCGAAUUUGCACAAGUUACGAAUUAAAUCCGACAACAACAUGGAAAUCGUGGAGCCCAAACUCGAGCAAAUGUUCGGUCUGAAGGAUCUACGUUUGCAGGGUAUCAAAUUAUACGAUGAUCGAGCUCUGAUACGCGUCUGCUCCAAUAAUCAGCAUAGUCUUACCGUGCUCAAAUUAGAUGUGUGGAAAUUCGAUGAAUCAUGCCAAGAUGAAUUAAUGAAAUGCAUCGGACGAUGCACCAAGCUAACCAAACUCAGUCUGGAGAACUUCUCAGCCAGCGGCAUAACCGACGAAGGGUUCGCCCAUCUAUCUAAUCUGAAAAGGCUCAAAACUCUAGUCGUAACCAACGCCAAAAAAGUGAGCGCCAGAGCCAUAAUGCGCCUCUUCUACGAACCCCACGUACAAAAUUUCGAAAAACUCAACCUCGGUAGAUGUCCAGAGCUGCACCAACUUGUACUAAAAUUUGUGGCCGAUCAAUGCCCUAAUCUGAAAAAACUCUACCUCGAUCAGUUCGCGUUGACUUGUCGUUGCAUCGGCGUUUACGACAUUCAAUAUAUUGGAGAAAACUGCCCUUUGAUCGAGCACCUGGAAUUGAACUCGAUGGAUCCGGUGGUUGGUGAAGCGAUACCGACGGUAUUGAAAAAUUAUCCUAAUUUGAAAUCUUUCAGGUAUUUUGUACGGCCUUUGAAGGAUUACUUUUCCGAGUACGAUCCGAUUAUACGACGUUCUAAACAAGAGUUACCAAAUUUUUAUAUCACUUGUUCGUUAAAACAUGGGAUCAUCGGGUAUAAAAAAUAAACAAAAUUCGCGAGUAGUUGUUACGAAUUUUUUUUUACGUUUUUUCUCAUUAUUAUGGUAGGGUGAAUCACGAAAAAAAUUGGGGAUUUAGAUCAAAUUCGGUGGAAACUCCAUUUGACUCCGGAGGUGGCUUUGGAGGGGAGAUAUGAGCUCUCAAACGAAAUCGUCUCACCUCCCAAAGAAUUUUCUAAACACGAAAUCGUUCAAAAAUAAGCCAUUUUCAAAUUUUUAACCGCUCAGA